CUCUCUCCCUGGCAGCGGCUGGGAGCUGCCGUGGCCCUCGGCGGAGGAGGCAGCGGCGGUGGCCGCGCCGGGGAGCGCUCGCGGGGCGGCGGCGGCCCCUGCCAUGCAGCUGCCGUGCCGGGGCUGGACGCUGGCGCUGCUCGCGCUGCUCGUGGGCUUCCUCCUCCUCGCCGACAUCUCGGAGCUGGAGCGGGAGCUCGGGAAUUCUGGAGGCAGAGGUACAAUCAGAUCAGCUGUGAACAGCUUACAUAGCAAAUCUAAUAGAGCUGAAGUAGUAAUAAAUGGUUCUUCGUCUCCAGCUGUUGUUGACAGAAGUAAUGAAAGCAUUAAGCACAACAUUAAACCAGCCUCAUCCAAAUGGAGACACAACCAGACACUCUCUUUGAAGAUCAGGAAGCACAUCUUGAAGUUCCUGGAUGCAGAGAAGGACAUCUCGGUGCUGAAGGGGACCCUGAAGCCUGGGGAUGUGAUUCACUAUGUCUUUGACAGAGACAGCACCAUGAACGUCUCCCAGAACCUCUACGAGCUGCUGCCACGGACUUCUCCCCUGAAGGGCAAGCACUUCCGGACCUGUGCCAUCGUGGGCAACUCGGGGAUCCUGCUAAACAGCGGCUGUGGGAGGGAGAUUGAUGCACACAGCUUUGUAAUAAGGUGUAACCUGGCUCCUGUCCAGGAGUAUGCCCAGGAUGUGGGGCUGAAGACAGACUUGGUGACCAUGAAUCCUUCAGUCAUCCAGCGUGCCUUCGAGGACCUGGUGAAUGACACGUGGAGAGAGAAGCUGCUGCAGCGCCUGCAAAGCCUCAAUGGCAGCAUCCUCUGGAUCCCAGCAUUCAUGGCCAAGGGGGGCAAGGAGCGUGUGGAGUGGGUCAACGAGCUCAUUCUGAAACACCACAUCGACGUCCGCACUGCCUACCCUUCGCUGCGCCUGCUGCAUGCCGUCAGAGGGUACUGGCUCACAAACAAAGUGCACAUAAAACGACCCACCACUGGCCUGCUCAUGUACACCCUGGCCACCCGCUUCUGCAACAAGAUCUAUCUCUAUGGCUUCUGGCCAUUUCCCCUGGACCAGAACCAGAACCCUGUCAAGUACCACUACUACGACAGCCUGAAGUAUGGCUACACCUCUCAGGCCAGUCCGCACACCAUGCCCUUGGAGUUCAAAGCCUUAAAGACGCUGCACCAGCAGGGAGCCUUGAAACUGACUGUGGGAGCAUGCGAUGGGGCCACGUAAGACGGGCUGCCGCACUCAUGUUCCUGCAGGCUACACACCACAGGAGACUGGGGGUGGGGGAGGAAAGGACAAGCGGUGGCUAGUGGGGUUGGUUUUCUUUGUUAACGCGCAGAACAGUGACAAAAAUAUAUAUACGUGGUACCUAUA